AUGCGCUCGGCGCAGUCUCUGCGGGCGAUAUGCUCGUUGUUAAUCUUAUCGGCUGGUUCUGCAGCGUCUGGCGACGCUGAUGCAGCUAUCGAGAAUGCGAACCACAUAUUUAACGUCAUUCACGACUCUAUGCGGCAGUGGGGAUCGUCGCUGCACCACAAUGGCGUCUCUUUCUUCCUGGCGACUGUCCCAGCUGGUACGCAGCUAUAUCAUGGCACCUCCAAGUCGACCCCGGUCAACGGCACCGAAUGGCUCGCCUUCGAACCGGAGCAUGCGAUGGUAUUCGCGCGCCCGCAUAGAGGCCCACCUCCUCGACAACCGGACGAAGGUGAUGACGACGAAAACGACCGUGGACACCGUGACGAACUCCGUCGCCGCCAACCCCAUGGCCCGGGUAAUGGACCUCCUGGGCCGCUGCCACAUGUUGAAGCUGUCGACGAGAAUGAUUCCGGGUAUCUUCACAUCUAUGCCACGACAAAAGACCUUCGUCUUGUGUAUAUUGACGGGAUGUCGGCUGCCAAGACGACCAAGGGGACCCUCGACUCGCAAGACGUGCUCUUGUUCAACAACACACUCGACGACUCGCCCAAGGAAGGCCAACGUGGACCAAUGGGCGAGUCUGAGCGCGCCAAGAAAGCAUGCGAGAUGGCAGAGAAUGAAUGGGACGGUCAUAUUGAUGGCGUGUUACGCAUGGAGGCUGGGUUUGAGAUCAUCCUGUGUGCGUUUGAGCGUGGCUUGACGCCUUUGCGGAUCACACAGGUGAAGUCUGAUUCGAGGGCCAGGGGCCAGGGUGGUCGCACAAAUGACCGGCAUGCUGGUCCUCGCGAGGAUGAUGGGAAAAGAAAGGGCCCUCCUCACGGGGGCCCUGGCCACGGUUCAUCUCGCUGGAUGCGUGCAGUGAGUGCACGGUACGGUGGGAUCGGGGGAAACCGCGUGUCUAUCAACUAUGAAAACUUUGUGACCGCCUUCUCACACGAUUUGGACCUUUUCCCUGAAGACUCGCCUCUGCCUCGUCUGGGACAUCUCCCCAGCUCGGAACUGGACGCUGUCCGCAAGGAAUUGACUGCACGGAUCUUGGCUCAGGACGCAACAGGAUCCCCACGCAACUGGCAGGCAAUCACGGAUAUGAUUGUGACUCGGUACGCCGAUGAGCUGUCAUACCUGGUAUCUGGCAACUUCACCGACGCGAAGAGCCUGCACGAUCAUAUCGAGAUCCUCCUGUCCCCCUUUAUUGACUAUAGCGCGCGGAACACCUCAUUGGAGACUGAAAGAUGUGCUACGCAGUUCCUGCCGCUGGAGACCCAGGACUCGCAGCUGUUGGCUGCGCGAGCCGUGCACAGCGUUGCGCACAGCGUUUGCUCGACGUUGUUGGCAGCAUGGGGGGAGGAAGAAUUAGAUUCUGCGGUGCGGACGAUUCAAGCUUUGAUUGACCAUUUGGACUGGACGACUUGGAAAGAGUGCCGUGGCUGCGAAGUCAAUGAGAUCUGCGUUGUGCCGAUCUGGCCUGAGGGCACCGUGUCCGACUAUGAGAAUCCACAGUGUAGGGAGGCCUCCAAUCCCUAUGAGGGAGACGGAGAGAGCUAUUGGGGUGGGAUGCACCAUUGA